AUGAACUCUCUCUUCCGUUUGACACCUCGCUUCUCCUCUCAGCAAGUUCGUAUGUAUUCAUCUGAAGCAGCAGCUCCCAGAGUCAGUGCUACCAAAGGAGGAGUGAUUGGGUUUCUUUUGGGCGUUACAGCUGCUGGUUCUGCUGGUUAUUAUUAUCUCUUGGGUGAAUACAACAAUGCUUCAGCAGCUCUCUUAUUGUCCGUUCAAGAGCUUCAAGCAUCUACUGACAAGGUUAAGGAUUAUGCAAAGCGCAUUGAAACCGUGGAUAGGGAUGUUGCUAAAUUGAAGGAGACUACAGCCACCAAGCAGCAAUUGGCUGACAUGAAGGUGGAUUUCCGCAAGUUAUACGACACAUUAAACAUCGAACAUCUCGAAUUAAAAACUCAUGUAUGGGGAUUAGAGAAAGACUUGAGCAAUGCUGCUGCCAGCACCAACACCCCAUCUAAUGACAAUAAAGCAUAA